AUGGAAGAUGUCCUGGUCCAGUUCUAUCGCAAUCAAUACCGGUGUUCGCUGGGAUAUUUGCGCGAUCUUCAUGCUUGGCACGGUCAGUAUGAAAAAUUGGAGGUUAAUCAUACGUACAUCCAAUGGCUCUUCCCGAAUUAUUUUCAAUCACAAUUCAAUGUGAAGGCGCCAAUGUUGAGCAAGGCGGGAGCUCGUGCUUUCCGCAACGAUAUGGAAAUUUCCGGAAAUUACAUCCAAUCUUACCAGCUCUUUUUGGACUUCCUGGGCCUCAGGCUGGUGGAUCCUCAGACUGGGGAAGUUGGAAGAGCUCCAGAUGGCCGCAAUCGCUUGUAUGAAGCACUGGUGCUUCGGCAUCAUAAUCAUUUGCGGAUCAGACGAAUAUUGGCAUCUUUGGCAGUGACUGGGUUUGAGCGCUACAUGAUGCCUUUGGUCAGUCACUUGCAGUGGGAAAUUCUCGGCAUCAACUCUUGCGCCCUGCCUGGGAAAGUGCAGAGGCCUCAUUCGUUGCGGCGGCGAGUGGCAACAUACUUUCGCGCGAUGAUUGCAGGUCACGGAAAGCCCAUGUUGCGGGCACUUCGGAGCAUGCCCUCAGCAUUGGAAACCUGGGAGAAGUACGUUGAUGGCGACCCCCACAAUUAUUCCAAGAACACGCACGCCUCCGAAGAAGACCGUGUUGAGUCUGUUUUCUUCGGGUGCACGCAGCAGGAUGCAGGUGCAUUUUUACAAGGCGAACCUCCACCUGAAUCUGAGCGUCGAGACAAGCAGCUACGAGCAGCGGAGACAUGCGGCAGCUGCUGCACAGCUUUUCUGGCGCUUCGCUAG